CAAAAAAAUGUUUAGUACUGAUAGUCGUACACUACACCCUCUACCUUUUCAACUCCUCGCCAAUAAACUUCGUCUGUCUGUCUUUCAAUUUCUGCAUUGUAAAACGGGUACUAUCCAGUAUAUCACAUAGUUCGGACAAAUCGAUCGUUCUGAAUUAAAUAAUAAAAUAUAGUUGUUAUAAUUUAAACAAUUCAUAUAAAUAAAGUUAUUUACAAACAUAAACACAGCUUGGCAUAUUAAUAUAUUUAAAUCAGUGGUGCAAGUUCAUAUUGUUCCGUUAGUAAACAAUAGAGAGUAAAAAUACAAAUAUAGUAUCAUUCAGUUGCUUGACAGCAUUUCAACGAAGCAGGUGUGUUGCGGAUAUUUUACAAAUUCUAUUUGCCAAGGAAAAUUUAAAAAUGCAUGAACAAAAUCAUGCAUCUACUUCAAGGGUCAAUGACGUAGUACAAGCACCAUUUAGAGAUGUCAAAAUGGUGAAAAGCGCGUUUAAAAAAAGAGUGAUGACACUUUCAUAUGAAAAUAUGAAUGAAGAAUGUCUCAUACCUGAGAUAUUUUUAAAAGAAGCUUACACACCGUUCAUGCAGAAAGUUAAAGUCUUUUUAAAAGAACACUAUGCAUUAAAGUACAAUAUUGAACUCCAUGCUUUAUAUGCCAAACCCAAUUUGGAUGAUUUGGAAAACACGCCAUUAGAGGUGAAAACUUUUCAAACCAAGAUGGAAGAAAUUUUGAAUAUAAGUGAUUUUGAAUCUACAUUUUCAAACAAAAUUAUGAACAUCAGAAAAAAAUCAGAAGAAUUCCAGGAAAAAGAUAGUGGUUGGACUUUAGUUCAAUUAAUAAAAGUUUAUCUAAAUUUAAAUAAAUAUCAACCUCUAAAGGGUUCAUCAUAUAUAGAACUGCCAAAGAAAUUACAUUUAAAAUAUGCAUGCAUAAACGUUAAAAAUGCUGAUGAAUUCUGUUUUAAAUGGGCUAUAAUCUCAGCAAUUGCUGAUUUUAAAAAAGAUGCUGGUCGUCCAUCUAAGUAUAAUGUAAAUAUCGAAGCCGAAAAUAUCACUGUGAAAGGUAACAGCUUGAAUUUCAAAGGGUUAUGCUUCCCAUUAAAAGUAAAAGAUAUAUCAAUCUUUGAAAUAAAUAAUCCAAAUAUUAGCAUUAAUGUAUUUGGAUAUGAUGAGAGCAUUAAAUUGAUUGUGGGACCUUAUUAUAAAAGCAAAGUUAAAAGGUCGAAACACAUCAAUCUAUUGUUUCUUCAGAAAAAUAUUGCACAUAAUACCAUAUGUCAUUAUAUAUGGAUCAAAAAUAUUUCAAGAUUGAUUAGAUCUCAGCAAACGAAACAUGAAUCAAAAAUAUUUGUAUGUGAUGAUUGUCUCCAACAUUUUCAUCAUCAAGACAAGUUGGAUUUACACCAGAAGAUUUGCAGUCAGCUGGUUUUCCGUGUACCCACACCAGAUAAGUCCAUUUUAGAAUUUAAAAAUUACAAAAAUAAAUUCGAUGUACCUUUUGUUAUAUAUGCCGACUCAGAAUGCAUAUUUGAAAAUAUUCAAACUUGUAUUCCAAAUGGAAACAAAUCGUCCACAACAUUAGUUGAUAGACAUAUUCCCUAUGCAUUUUCCUAUUUUAUAAAAUCUAAUAUCAACAAUAAUGACCUAAGUCAUAAGCUACGUCAUUUUAAAGGCAUAGAUGCUGCUAAAUUGUUUGUAGAAACAUUAGUUGCAGAUGUCAAAUCUUUAAAUGAUCAUUAUUUAAAGGAAAUUAUACCGAUGACACCCUUAACCGAACAGGAAAAUUUAGAUUAUGCUUUGAAUGAUAUAUGUCAUAUUUGCUUUAAACCGAUUGCAAAUGAAAUUAAAGUAAGAGACCACUGUCAUUUAAGCGGUAAAUAUAGAGGACCAGCUCAUAAUUCUUGUAAUCUUAAUGCCAAAACACCUAAAUUGUUUCCAGUCAUUUUUCACAAUUUUUCUUCAUAUGAUUGCCAUUUAUUUGUGAAAGAGCUCAAUAAUAUUGACGAUGGCCCCAUUAACAUUAUUCCCCUAAAUAAGGAAUUAUAUAUAUCUCUAUCAAAAACUAUAAAGAGUGAUAAAGGGAACAAUAUUGAAAUUAGAUUUCUAGAUUCAUAUAGGUUUAUGCCAUCAAGUUUGGAUAGUUUAAUACAAAAUUUAACAAAAGAUGAAUUAAAAAUUGUUAAAGAGUUUUAUUCAGACGAUGAAAAUCAAUUCAAUUUAUUAAUAAGAAAGGGCGUCUUUCCCUACAAUUAUUUAAAUUCUUUAGAAAAACUCAAAGAAACUUGUCUGCCAAGCAUAGAUGACUUCUAUAACAAACUAACUGAUUCCAAAUGCUCUAUAGAAGAUUAUACACAUGCCCAAGAAGUUUGGAGUAAAUUUGAAUGUAAGACAUUAGAAGAUUAUUUAAUGGUAUACUUAAAAAGUGAUGUUUUAUUAUUAGCAGACGUAUUUGAAAAUUUCAGGUCAGUUUGUAAAAGCAUUUAUAAAUUGGAUCCAUGCCACUAUUAUACAGCACCAGGCCUAUCUUGGGAUGCUAUGCUAAAAAUAACUGAAAUUAAAUUGGAUUUGCUUACAGACAUUGAAAUGAUUCGGUUCCUACAAAAAGGUAUUAGAGGUGGUAUAGUUCAAUGUUCUCAAAGGUAUUCUUUAGCCAACAACAAAUAUCUUUCUGAUUAUGAUGAGAAAGUUCCUUCUAAAUACUUGACAUAUUUAGAUGCAAAUAACUUGUAUGGUUGGGCAAUGUCAGAAGCUUUGCCAGAAGGCAAGUUUGAAUGGUUAACAGAUAUUGAUAAUUUUUCAUUGGAAACGAUUCCAACUGAUUCGGAUAUUGGAUAUAUAUUGGAAGUUGAUUUAAUAUAUCCAAAAGAAAUCCAUGAUUACCACAAUGAUUUACCAUUCUGUUGUGAAAACAAAACUCCACCCAAUUCGAAUGAAAAAAAAUUACUCAUUGAUUUAAAUGAUAAAUGCGAGUAUGUAAUUUACUAUAAAAAUUUACAACAAUGUUUAAAACAUGGUUUAAAAUUAAGUAAAAUACAUCGAAUUUUAAAAUUUAAACAAUCCAAUUGGCUACAGAAGUAUAUUUCAUUGAAUAAUUUGCAUAGGACAAAUGCAAAAAAUACGUUUGAAAAAAAUUUCUUUAAAUUAUUAAAUAAUGCGGUUUACGGUAAAACAAUGGAAAACGUGGAUAAACGUAAAAACAUUAAAAUAGUGAAUGCAUGGGAAAGUGAUGGUAAAAGACCUGGAGCUCGAGCUAUGAUUGCCAAGCCAGAAUUUCAUUCAUAUAGCAUAUUUGAUGAGAAUAUGAUUGCAAUCCAACUAAAUAGAACUUUUUCAUAUUAUAAUAAACCAAUUUAUUUAGGAUUUACAAUUCUAGAGCUUUCAAAAUGGAAGAUGUAUGAUUUCCAUUAUGAUUAUAUUUUGCCUAAAUAUAAAUCCAAAGUACAACUUAAUUAUAUGGACACAGAUUCAUUCAUUUAUACAAUACAAACGGAUGAUUUCUAUAAUGAUAUAUUAAAUGAUAUCGAUACAAGAUUCGAUACAUCUGAAUAUGAAAUUAAUAAUCAAUUUGGUAUCCCACAAAAGAAUAAAAAGGUAUUAGGGAUGAUGAAGGAUGAAAACAAUGGCAUACUUAUGAAGGAAUUUGUGGGUUUAAGAGCAAAGAUGUAUUCAUUUAAAACGGAAGAUUUAAAAGAAACCAAAAAAGCUAAGGGUGUCAAAAGAAAUGUUAGCAAUAAAUUGAGUCUGUCCGACUAUAAAGAUUGUUUAUUAAAUCAUAAAAUUUAUUAUGCAAAUAUGCAUGUUUUUAAGUCAAUAUUACAUGAUUUGUACACAGAAUAUAAAACAAAAGUUAGUUUAAGUUUUUUAGAUAAUAAACGUUUCAUAUGCAAUGAUAAAGUUAAUACCCUAGCUUGGGGUCAUUACAUGCAAACUGUUUUGGAAAAUAAUGAUGACGAAAAUUGCAAGAAAAUAGAUACAAUGGAAAUAGAAUAUUAAUUUUUUUUUUUGAAUUUUUUUUAUACACAUAUGUAAUUAAAUUAUUGUUAUUUAUUUGUUUUUUAAUAAAAAUAAUAAAUGUAAAAAAAUAAAAAAUAUUCAUAAAUUUAGUAAAUAAAUUAUAAAUUUUAAGUAAAUUAUAAAGAUUACAUUUCUAUGUAAAUAAUAAAACAAUAUUAUAUAUUUUUUUUAUCAUUAAA